UCACGUACUCAAGGAUUCCAUUUAUCAUUUGUCGGCAACGUCAACUGGCAGGCAUGCUGGACGCUAGUCGGCUGGUGCUUUUACUUCAUAACACUCAUGACCAACGAACUGCAGGCGCGUUCUCCACUAUCCAGAGCGCGCAGAGUUCACGAAGAGUGGAUGCAGGUCACAGAUUCGCUCCGCCGUAUAGGCAAUGAGCUCAACCAAAUGAUUAUCGACUCAGUGGACGAAUCUAGAGCACACAACACCCGAGCUACGGAAUGGGAAACCAGACAUCAUGAUAUUGCCACGGAGAACAACGCCUUCAGAGCUCGUAACGAGGAAUUGAAACGUCUACUCGAACUAAGCAAGCCUGAUACAAGAAACGUAAUCGAGAGCAGAGACGCCGCAUAUCGUAAAUUGCAACAUGUACAGCGUGUAAUGCGCGAUCUCUUAAUGGAUAUGGACUUGGCGCCUGAUUUUGGAGAUAGCCCAAAUGAAGGUGCUUCACUGCUGUUACAAGCAGAGCCUGAGCCGAAAUACAAGGAUAUUGGCGCCUCCCCGUCCCCACCAGGCCAAAGUCACAGGAACGAUAAGUCCUCUAACAGCUCUGGUUCUGGCAAGACUGCGCGCCCAAUGUCCAAGGGAAAAGAGCGUAGCUCGCCCAAAACCCCGAUGACUGUGCCAAUUUCAUCUCCAGCCUCAACUUCACAUUCUCGCUCAUCAAGGACAGGCGUAAGCGGUGGAACUAUAUCUGAUCUCAGCAAUCAGCAGAGAUCAUCUGAAUCCAACAGCUCAUCCGAACCAUCUACGGAUUUGUCCGUACACGUUGCGAAAAAGUCUUCUGGCGGUGUCGGCGAUGUUUGGAAGCUGACUUCAUCUCGCAGCCCCCGGAGUGCGGAAGUCAUUUAUCCUGUUGACAUGCAAAUGUUUCAGGAACAGCUAAACCUUGGCGAAGAUACAGUGAGUAGCUCGAGCAUAUCAUACGUGCAAUCUAAUGUUGUACAGAUAUAUUCUCUAGAAAGGUACCUAGUAUUCUUACCAAUAGUUCAUCCAUGUUCAACCUAUAUUCAGCCUUGGACAGGCGGAUGAACAUUGUUUCCCUUUACAGAUUGUCGACAACAUGGCAUUUGUCCACGACCCGUUCUCGAUGGAUGGACCAGGCGGAUCUUUCUUGAUGAACUGGGGCACCCCAGGCGCCAACGAGACAGUCCAUGCGUACAUCGUCAAGAACUGCCCUAGAGAUCGUGUUCUCCACACGUUCACCUUUCCCGUGAAAAGGGGAGUCUGGUAUUAUAUUGGCGCCCAGAAAUGGGUCGUGAAGGACAUUUUCGAGGUCUGGUC